AGCUAUAAAUUUUGUGGAUGCAACAAAACGCGGCUUCCGGAUUGUUUUACUGGAUUCAUUCCUCGAUUCCUAUCUUGCACCAAUUCAAAUUCCGACACUUUUCAUAACCGCAAUACCACUAAGAGUUGAAGAAUCUGCUGCUGUUAAAAUAUUCUAUCCGGACAAUAUUCGGAAUGAUAAACAAGUAAGUAUAUCCGACUUAAGGGAACGGCAGUGGUAUUACAUUUGCGUUGAAUGGGAAAAUUUCAAUAGACACAACGAAUCAACGGGUACUGAUUGUCGAACAUUGCGAACGUUGGAUCGAUUCGGGAAGAGCGCUGAAACGAGCGUCACUGACGUAGAAAUCAUUGAUAUUUCAUCCGCAACGAUGCAAUUCCGGAUCCGGUCAGUCGUCGAAUUUCCAAUCAGGCUAACUGCAACGUUGCAAAGUGCUUCGAUGGCACGUCCAGCAUCACAAACAUUCGUUUUCCGUGAAUCCGCUGAUUUGGAUGUGUUUUUUCCGUUCCUGAAACAGGACACUGAUUACGGAAAGUUAUGCAUAAUUGAGGAACCAUUAGUAACCGGAUAUACGACAAUGGGAAGGUUAAUUGGUGGCUUGUCUAUUGAAAAAUGUUAUUUUGGUAAACUUAGGACAAAAGAUUACGAACUGUCAACUUUUGAUGUGGAAGCUAGCGCUUACAGACGAGCGGUAGGGGGCAUUUGUGCUGCCUCUGAUCCUGAUCCUACCGAAUCGACGUUAACCUAUUAG